AUGGAAACACCCGAUAGCGCCUUUGCGCAGGAUGAUAAGGGUCUUGAAAACGAAGCAAUGUCUCUAUUACUUCAACUACCUGGACUAAAAGACAGCCGCGGCAAUUCUGAUCAGAGCAAACGAGAAGAGGCUUUCUUGACUCGCGAGGUUCCCAGGGUCAAACCGAUACUCUUGAAGUGA